AUGGCUCGGCGCCGUCGGACUUGGGACGCUUCACGCUCAACUACAAGUAGACGCUGCGCCAUGACCCACUCGCGAAGCGGAGAGUGUCCGCUGGUGCGGAAUUGGAAGAAUGAUGGUCACUUCAACCAGCUCGUCUCUGUGAUUGGUCGCUGCGAUUCACUUGGAGGAAGUAUGACACGAUAA